ACAACUACUACUGCAGAGGAUUUUAAAAGGCUGGGGGUGCGUUUGGAAGGCGAUUUUUGGCUGGCGAUAGCUGUCGACAGAUUCUCUCGACCGCUUCCAUCGCCUUUUCUCCCGCCCAAAGGUAACUCUCUCUCGCCAUUUCCAAUCUCUCUCUCAUAAGAUGUAUACUUGAAGAAGGAGAAGAAGAGGAGGAGUGGAAGGAGGCCUUUCUUUUAAUAAAGGGAAUUGGGAGUAGAUCUGACGGAAAUGAGUGCAUCGAGGUUUAUAAAGUGUGUGACGGUUGGAGAUGGUGCUGUCGGUAAAACCUGUAUGCUUAUUUCAUACACCAGCAACACUUUUCCCACGGACUAUGUCCCAACUGUUUUCGACAACUUCAGCGCGAAUGUGGUGGUGGAUGGGAGUACUGUCAACCUAGGGUUGUGGGAUACAGCAGGUCAGGAGGAUUAUAAUAGAUUAAGGCCUUUGAGCUAUCGUGGGGCAGAUGUUUUCUUGUUGGCUUUCUCACUUAUCAGUAAGGCCAGCUAUGAGAAUGUGGCGAAGAAGUGGGUUCCUGAACUGAGGCAUUAUGCGCCUGGUGUUCCCAUAAUUCUCGUAGGAACGAAACUUGAUCUUCGGGAUGAUAAGCAGUUCUUUACAGAUCACCCUGGUGCAGUUCCCAUCACUACCGCCCAGGGAGAAGAGCUGAAGAAGCUGAUUGGAGCUCCUGCCUACAUCGAAUGUAGUUCAAAAACGCAGCAGAAUGUCAAAGCAGUUUUUGACGCGGCCAUCAAGGUGGUUCUUCAGCCGCCCAAGCAAAAGAAGAAGAAGAAGAGAAAGGCACAAAAGAGCUGUUCCAUCUUGUAAUCGAACAAUACCAAGAUGAUGACCCACAAACCAUCCUUGUUAUAGUCCCCUCCCCCCCCUCUCUCUCUAUCCCCUUUGAGGAAGCAGGGCCAAUGGUGUAUAGUCUACUGACAGUCUUAGAUUUCUCAAGUCAUCAGGUUAUUUGUCUUGCUUUAUUGGCCCUGUGUUGAUCUGUAAUCUAGAAUUCACACGCUAUGCCUUUUGGAUAAGUUCCUUCUCAUCGUCUGCUGCUUGUGUUAGACGGAACUUUGUCCCAAAAUGGUUUUCCUACUACGAACAUUGUUAUAUUCA